AUGGCAUGCACUGUCCCAACAUGUCAAGCCAUUUUCCAUGGAAAAUGUCUAAACGCAGACGAGAGUGAGUUUGAAGCACUGAGGGCAUUACGAAAAAAUUGGGAAUGCCCGAAAUGUGAAAAGGCACGGAAAAAUAUCCAACCGACAGACAAGUGUCUCAGCCCGCCAAGAUCGGCGCCACAACAACAAACUGUCGACAGCACGUCACAACUGUUACUUGCUGCCAUUAAAAAUUUAACAGAAGAGGUCAAGGGAUUAAAAUUCUCCCUCGAUGCCAAUGCUAACGAGGAACAUGAGAAAAAGCCGAGAGACAAGGGAAACCCACUGACAGCUCCUCCUAGCAAUAAAUCUAACUCAGCUGUCACUCAAGGAGGUCUCUCAUCCAACUCCUUUUCAGCCGUUAGCAGAGCCCUUGGCUGGAGUCCAGAGGAGCUUACCAAUAGCACACGGGAAGGUGGCUGGAACUCCACCACCACACCAAGAACUUCAGUUCCCAACAGACUAACGGCGCCGUCGAUCCUUUUCUCAGGGUAA